UGAGGAUAAAAGCAGGUGGCUCCGAGUGAUUCCACGUUCCAGACCCCUGAAGCAGCCAGGAUGAUGUCUCUGCUCCCUCUGAUCUUGCUUGGCAUUGCGCUCCCAGCCACCCAGGCCAAAGACUAUAGGAAAUGUGAACUGUCCCGGAUAUUGAGAGAACGUGGCAUCGACAAAGAUAUCCCUCUGCCUGAACUGAUCUGUACCAUGUUCCAUAGCAGCGGCUUUAGCACCCAAGCUGAAGUCAAUAACAACAGCAACAAAGAAUAUGGAAUAUUCCAGAUCAGCAACAAUGGCUGGUGUGCUGAAAAGGAGGAAGAUGUAGCAAAAAGUGUCUGCGGCAUUCUUUGCUCUAAACUCCUUGAUGAUGACAUUACCGAUGACAUUAUGUGUGCCAAGAAGAUCUUGCAGCUACCUGAAAGACUUGACUACUGGAAGGCCCAUAAAACAUUCUGCCGUGAGAACCUGGACCAGUGGAGCUGCUAGCCCGAUGCUGUUCUCUCCUUCGUUAUUUCUUCUUCUGGAACCUUCUCCUUGGAUUAAGUGACUCUAAGCUGCUUGCUCUAAGACCCGUAUGCCCUGCCUCCCAGCAAAGAAUGACACUAUAGGCACCAUGAAGGGCAUCAUAUUCUAUAAUGAGGAGCUGCUACUUCAGUGGACUCUCACCUCACCCACUGUUCCCCUGAGGCCACUUCCUCCAUAGCAACUAGGGAUACUUCACUCUCUGUCUUGAAUAAAAUGUCUCUGUCUGA